CUAUAGCCUAAAUGAAGAGAAUCUCGAAAAUAUGACAUCUAAUACAAGCUUUUUUAAGGAAAUUAAAGACAAAAAUUUUUACUAUACUAAAUAUUUCGACAUGUAUGUUUAUGUAGGAUUGACAUGUGCUGUAUUUCUAACGUCGUUACCUUCUGGUUUUUUGUUAUACAAAUUUUUUACAAUUGCUUCUUUCAAGCUUCACAACAAUAUGUUUCGCUGUAUCAUUCGAACUCCGAUAGCAUUUUUGGAUAACAAUCCCGUUGGAAAAAUCUUGAAUCGAUUUUCCAAAGAUGUUAGUAUCAUGGAUGAUUUGAUUCCUUUCUUUACUUAUGUUUUGAUAAGGGGAUACUUAAUUCUUGUUGGCAUGUGUGUUGUUCAAGCAAUCGUCUGUCCUUAUCUACUUGUAUUAAUUGCUGUCCUUUCAAUAAUAUUUUAUGCUUUAUGGACAAUUUUCAGCCGAGUUUUGAAAAGCAUAAAACAUCUGGAAGGAAAAUUGAGAAGUCCAGUAUUUUCUCAUCUGAGUGUAUCUCUUUACGGACUAACAACAAUUAGAGCAUUUAAUGCUGAAAGCAAAUUUAAAUCUAUGUUUAAUAACUAUCAGGAUAAGCACACUUCAACGUGGUUCCUUUACUUGGCAUUAAACCGAUGGCUUUCCAUAUACGGUCACAUAAUUUGUUUCAUAAAUCUAAUUAUCACUGUUAUUGUUUUAGGUGUUUCAAAUAAUACAGAGAGUGCAGGAAGCCAAAUUGGACUUGUAUUGAAUUAUGGAAUACUAAUAAUAAUAAGUUUUCAGCAUAUUAUUGGAUUUACAUCCGAAGUGGAAUUUCAGAUGAACUCUGUAAAACGCAUUCUGAAAUACAGCAAUUUGAAAUCCGAAGCAUCCUACGAAAGUUUGCCUAAUAAACGGCCACCAUCUGAUUGGCCAGAAAAAGGAGAAAUUCAUUUCGAUAAUGUUUCAUUACAAUACUCCAAGGAUAAAAAUGUUGUGUUAAAAAACUUAACAUUUCAUAUUCGCUCCGGAGAAAAGAUAGGAAUUGUUGGGAGAACAGGAGCGGGAAAGAGUUCUAUAAUUGCUGCGUUAUUUCGCAUGACAGAGCCGACAGGAACGAUAACUCUCGAUGGUGUUGACAUUAAAGACAUUGGACUUCGAGAUCUUCGUAGUAAAAUAUCCAUCAUUCCUCAAGAUCCUAUGUUAUUUACCGGGCCACUUCGAAGAAACAUGGAUCCUUUUAAUGAAUAUUCUGAAGAAAUGCUGUGGAAAGCCAUAGAGGAGGUACAAUUAAAAGAAGUUAUUAGUAAAUUACCUGGAGGAUUGGAUUCGCAUUUAACAGAAGGAGGGCGAAAUUUCAGCGUGGGGGAAAGACAGUUAAUUUGUCUUGCCAGAACCAUUCUUCGCCAGAAUAAAAUUCUUGUUAUGGAUGAAGCAACGUCCAAUAUUGAUAAAAGAACCGAUUCCUGUCUACAGAAAAUAAUUCGAGAAAAAUUCAAAUCUUGUACGGUGUUGACAAUAGCCCACAGAUUACAUACAAUUAUCGAUUCGGAUAGAGUUCUGGUAUUAGAUGCAGGAAGAGUACAAGACUUUGACUCGCCGUAUGCAUUACUAAAGAACGUAAAUGGUAUAUUUUAUAAUUUGGUAAAGAAGACAGGAGUAACUUCAAUGAAUGAAUUAUACAAAAUUGCCAGAGUUAAAUAUUACGCUAAAGAGACGGUCGAGCAUACAAAACUAUAAAACAGUGAAUUUUAUUAUAUGUAUAAACUGUGUGGAUCUGGUGUUAUGGAUUUUUUAUUUCAUUUAGGUCUUAGAGUGGUAUUUCCGUACAUCACGUAACACAUAAAAUUGUAAAACUCUGAACAUUUGUUUGUAUAAGCAAGUUUUUCAGUUCAAUUUAUACAUGCUGAUCUUUUAUUGAGAUGUCAUCAGCAGUUUUUGAGAUAUUAUAGGCCUAAUGAGUAAAGUUAACAAUGGUUUAAUUUCAAGAAAGAAGUAAAUAUUAUUGUAUUAAACAAGAGAAAAAGAUUUAAGUGAAAUAAUUAAAACAAAAAUUUUGUUUACUACUUUAAUCAGAUCAAUCUUAGUCAAGAAUAUAAUUCCAAUUGUAAAUAUGUAUUCUUGAAAACUUUAGU